AUGUUUCUAAAUCCACCACUGGCGGUGGCGGAUCGGGCGGUGACGACAAAUCGGUCGGCGGCGGAUCAGGUGACGGCGGACCGACAACGGUUCAGGGAAAUAGCUGGAAGGAAUGAUCAUGCUAUUACUGAUGCUCUUCAGGCUAUGGCUCAAGUGAUGGGUCAGGCAAAACAGGCUUUGCAGGCUCAACAGAACAAUCAGGCUGAAGAUGGUGAGGGUCACAGAAUCCAGAGGAAUAAUCCACCAACCUUCAAAGGGAGGUAUGAUCCAGAGGGUGCCCAUGCUUGGUUACAGGAGAUUGAGAAUAUAUUUAGAGUUAUGCCUUGUCUUGAUGCUCAACAGGUUCUCUAUGGGACUCAUAUGAUAUUUGAGGAAGCAAAGUACUUAUGGGAUAAUGCACGCCAAAGAUUCCAGGAUUCAGGUACAGUGGUAACUUGGGUUGUAUUCAAAGAAGCAUUCCUGGAGAAAUACUUUCCUGCAGAUGUCCGCAACAAGAAGGAAAUUGAGUUUCUGAAUCUAAGUCAGGGGAAUAUGUCAGUGGCGGACUAUGCUGCAAAAUUUGAAGAACUGGUCAGAUUUUGUACACACUACAAUGUUGUCGAUGCUGAAGAAUCCAAAUGCAUAAAGUUUGAGAGUGGAGGGAGGUGA